ACGCCGACAUGGCAACACUACUGGUCACCACGUUUAUGCUUAAAAGCGCUUCUUGCCUAUGAACCCUACCAAAAGAAGGCGGGUCUACACUUUUUGAUUGACAUAUUACAUUAUUUUACCUUUAAAAGUGUGACCGCUUUAAAGAAUUAAACAAAUGCAUGCUGAACUAGACUCUCUGACUACUUAAGUAAAAAAAAAAAACCACUAUUUUAAUUUAUCAUAAAUAUUUGUUGUACUCCAUGAGCACACCAGGAAGACGUGUUUAAGAAGAAAUUGAAAGUGAAAGGAUAGCUUUCUAAGUAUAAUCAAAAAAGAAAGUGUAGACGCGGAGUUUCAGGUCAUUUCUUGUUCACUUGCGAGAAGUAGGCUAUUUUAAGGAGAUACCAAAAAAAGGAUGGCAUCCAUCCCUUUCUAUGGCUGGGAAGCAUUCUAUGAUGAAGAUCGUCAUCUUCAGGCAGAUCAGGCACCCAAAUCAGGCAGUCUCUAUAUCAUGUAUCACGGCACCUCUGUUCAAACAGCUCGUAUGAUCAUAACCACAGGCUUCCGACAAUCAGCGGAUGGAAUGCUGGGGCCUGGAGUUUAUGUGAGCCGUAACCAGAAGAAAGCAGAGCGCUAUCCUCUGAAAUCCCAACCUACUGACAGAGUAGUGCUUAAAUUAAGCGUCGACUGUGGAAAAGUCAAAAGAAUUGAUAAGGACAACCAUCCUCUACAGAAGACCUGGCAUAGUCAAGGCUAUGACACUGCCUGGGUACCUCCUAACUGUGGCAUGAAAGCUGUGCCUAGCGGUCUAGAAGAGGACUGCGUCUAUGACCCCCAGCGUAUCGAGGUCACAGAUAUUGCUCUUGCACCAAACACGACCAUCUUAAAUGAACUCAAACAGCUCAUUGCUCAAAACAAGAAGGGGCCAUCAAAUUCGAACGCCUCGGGUAUUUGUACAGUGUGCAAGUUCAAACUAGGGCCUGCUCAUACUGUACAGUCAUGCUGGGGGUGUGGAGAGACUAUCUGCGCUCUCCUGACCAUACAUGUGUGCAGUCGUUAAGAAACUUGUCAGGAAAUCAUGACAGAUGCAUCAUUCAGGAGGCUCUUCAGGUUUUCGUACUGGCUUGUUGACAUUCGUCAGUGCAUGAUGCUUGAAGCUGAAUUGACAGCUACUUUAUCUGUGUACGAGAGAUUGUUUACUUUCCUCAUAGUUCUCAGUGACACAAUUAUCUUUGACAUUUAUGCUCUGCCAAAUUCUUUUUCCUGCCACUAUAUUUGAUGUUAUAUUUAAAAUUGAAUAUGUAUAUGAUCACAUAUGACUGUGAAUGAUCUAGGAUUUGUUGAUCAAUCAGGAAUGUUUUAAACAUUCAGUAUUGCAGACAAUAAAAAGAGCCUGUCGCCUUAGUCAAUUCAAGUACUCCGUGUAUAUGAAUAGAUCUAUUCCUGAUCUUAUUACAUAUGCAUUACAUAUUUCAUAAUAGCAUAAUGUUAACCUACUUUUUAAACAUCUGCUUUGCUGUAUGUAACUGUUAAUUAUUACAAUUUCAUACUGUUCACAAUCACAUCAAGAAAAAACAGAUUUGAUUUCAAAA